AUGGCCAACUGUUUGCGGAUGACAACGGCGCCAUCAGUUUCCUGCUUCUCUUCAUCCUCUUUAUCGUCCCCAAAACGGCGUAAUUUCUGCGUAAUCAACUGCUCGAAGUUGCCUCCUAUAAACCCUCGCGACCCUUUUCAAUCUAAGCUCGAUUCUGGAUUGGUUGAAGCAACAGCUGAAUACUUGAAUCAACUCGGUUACGUUCUAAAAGAUCUAGUGGAAAGAUCAGAUUCAUAUUCAGAUUCAUAUUCAGGUUCAUACAGCGACGACGACAGGGACCCAAGACCAGAAUCUCCUCCACCAGACCUGGAAUCAAUGAUAUUGGACGAUAGAAUAAUUUUCCUUGGCAUGCCAUUGGUAUCUGCAGUUACUGAGCUUAUUGUAGCUCAGUUUUUGUAUCUUCAGUAUGAUUCAGAAGCGCCAAUUCAACUUUUCAUUAACUCGUCUGGAACUGCUCGUGCUGAUGGUGAAGUGGUUGGCUUGGAGCAUGAAGGUUUUGCAAUAUAUGAUACUAUGAUGCAAAUAAAGAAUGAGAUACAAACAUUGAAUCUUGCUCUUGCUAUGGGCCAUUCAUGCCUCUUUCUCGCUGCAGGAACCAAAGGCAAAAGGUUCAGUUUGCCGUAUUCUAAAGCAUGUAUUCAGCAACCUCGUGCUCUGCCAUCUGGUUUAGCUCCUUCUAGUGAUGUUUUGGUUCAUGCAAGAGAGGCAAAAAUAAACACGGACAACUUCAUCAGAGUUUUUGCAGGGCACACUGGAAAUUCGGAAGAGACUGUGGCCAAUGCCAUUGCCAAAGGGCCAUAUUAUAUGGAUACAGAAAAAGCUAUAGAGUUUGGUGUGAUCGAUAAGUUAUAUUAUGGAUCGCCGAAGAAAAAGGCAAAACCUACCCGAAAAACUAUUGUCAUGGGAAGCGGUGCUACCCGUGCCCUUGCGAUUCAGGAGCAUAUCAGGAAGCAGAAUAAUCAAGGGGAGGAGGAUAAUUAACAUGAAAUGU